CCGGUCUUCUGCUGGAGACUGAAGAUGUUCAACAUAAACAAACUUCUUAACCGUAUUUCGGAUCCUAAGAACCAAAGCAGCCAAAGUCCGACAAAGCCGCCCACCGAAACUUCACAAGAUGAAGAGGCAGAGGGUUUCCUGUGCCCUUCCUGCUUCCAUGCGUUCCCCUCGGCAGAAGCUCUCCAGAACCACUAUGAGACAAACCACGGGAACGCCCUGCCCGGUGUUGAGGCCGGUGUCGGACCAAGGACGAGCCUCGUGUGCCCCGCAUGCAAGAUGCGCCUGGGCUCGGAGCCGGAACUCCAGAGCCACUACACCAGGCACCACACUGCCCAGGAAAACAAGGAUGACCUGAGCAACGGCGGGGACCUGGUGAACCUCAAGCAAGAGCUCUCGGAGCUUCACACGUCACUCAAGGAGGAGCGCUGGUACUCGGAUGAGCUGAAGCGAGAAGUGUCACGACUUCAGGAUGCCAUUUCAAGCAAGGGCGAUGUCGCUCUUGAACUGGCAGAGUCAGAAAUGCUACGCUCUCAAGUGCGAGCACUCGAAGAAGGCAAGGCACUACUGACGUCCGAGGUGCUGCUGCUUCGCCAGCAGCUGGGACAAGCGGGAGACACGAGCGCCGCCCUUCAGAUCUCCAAGGAGCAGCUCGAGCAGCGGCUGGCCUUGGCGUCGCAAGAGGCAGCUGAUUUCAAGUCGCGGCUCGAUGAAUUGGAAGGCCAGAAAGCGGCUUUGGAGUCUCAUCUGCUUCACGUCAAGGAAAAGGCGGAACGCUUGGAUUCCGAGCUUUCUCAGAGGUCCGGCGCCGAGGAUGCACUGGUACUGAAGCAGGAGCUUGUGAGCGUUCAGCGUGCCAUGGACCAGCUGACUCUGGAGCGAGAGGUGGAGAGAGACAAGCUGAAGGCUGAGAAUGCCCUCUUGAUGGAACACAGUCGCGCCUACCGAGAAGAGAAGGCAUCCCUGGAGGAGGCUCUGCUGAGGGCCCCGCGCCAGGAAGAGAUUGACAGCCUGCGUGCAGCCUUGGACGACCGUUCCUCGAGCAGUGGAGCUCUGCAGCAAGCCCUGCAGCAGCACAUGGUUGAGGUGAAGGAGCUCAGGGGCACCCUGAAGCAGCAAGAAGAACGCGAGGCCGCCUUGAGGUUGGAGCUGUCCGGCUGCACUCAGCGUCUGGAGGCAUCUCAGACUGCCCUGGAGUCCCAGAGGACUGAGCUGGCACAGAGCAGGGACGAUCUUGCGGCAGAAAAGCACAGCUCCCAGCAACUAGCCUCCAAGUUGGCACAAUUAGAGGGAGCGUUCAAGGACCUGGGAGCUCAGAACUCCGAACUGAUCAACGAGUUGUCAUCUCUGAAGACCACAUCACAAACAGCACUGGAAUCAAAAAACGCGGAGGUCGCUGAGCUGAAACAAAAAUUGUCCCAGCUGUCCGGUGAACUUGGAAAGAAAAAGUCGAGCCUUUCAGAGCUGAGCUCAAAACUGGAGAAGGAGAUUGAUUCUCACGAGUCGACGCGUGAGUCGAGAGACGGGUUCAAGACAGAGGCCUGGGAGAAGCAGAUGAAAGUGGAAGAACUGACGAGGCAGCUGGAAGCCAGGGAAAGCAAGAUGAGUGAUCAGGAAGAAGAGCUGACCAAGGUCAAAGAGAGUCUAGUUCGCCUGGAAGCCGAACGGGCUGAUCUCUAUGCCAAGAUUGAGUCCGGAGAAGGUGCCAGCACCCUCGCGAUGCAGCAGCUGACGCAGGAGAACGCUUCACUGCAGGACCAGGUCCUUGCGCUGGAAAAGGCCUCGGAGAGGGCUUCUCAGGAACACGACGCCAAAGUGGAGUCCUUGCAUCAGCAACUUCAAGAGAGCAAGACACAGCUGCAGGCUGCCAUGGGGGAGCAGCAGAAGCUGGAGAAAUGCUGCAGGGACCUGGAAGAGAGCCAGACCUCGAGCCGGUCGCGUGAGCACAAACUCGAAGAGGACCUGAAACGCAUGAGUGAGUCUCUCUCAGCCGCUGAAGCCACGAGUGCCACCCGGCUGAGCGAGCUGGAAAAGUCGAAAGUCAAGCUGGAAGAAUACGCCAAAGAAGCCAGCCAACUUGCUGAGAAGGUGCAAUUGCUAACGAGCGAGCUGCACUCCAAGCGGGGCGAGUGUUCGGACCUGGAGUCCGGGCUUGCGGAAGAAAAGCAGCGCGUCGCCAGGGCGGAGUCCAAGAGUGCGUCACUGGAAGACAAGCUGGGGGCCAAGUGCCAGGCCUUGGCCACCAUGACGGCAGAGAAGCAGACGCUCCAGCUCAAGGUGGAGGAGGCCAACAAGCGACUUGCAGAGGCGCGAACAAGUGCGAACAAGAGAGAAGAGCAGCAGAAGCAGCUACUGGAGAAGCUGGAAGCCGAGAAGAAACACCUCGAGGAAACUCUGCUUGCCGAGACGGAGCGGGGGAAAGCGCUGCAGGCGUCCCUGCAGUUGUCGCAGGCGGAGCUCAAGGCCGCGGAGGAGAACCUGGCGAGCACGCUGGAGAGCCUCACCCGACAGAAGGCGGAACUGGAGUCGAGCCUCGCCGACUGCAAGAGCCGUGCAGAUGCGGAGUCGGCAGAUCUGAAGGAGCAGCUCGCGCAACUGCAGCAUUCUCUGAGCUCCAGUCAGGAGAAGUUUGCUUCUUUGCAGCUCCAGGUCCAACAGCUGGGCACCGAGAAGCAGCGGCUCGAGAGCGACCUGGCGAGGGAGAGGGAGAAGGGGCAGCUGCUGGUGGAGGAGCGGGGCUCUUUGCAGUCGAGCCGGGACGCGCUCGAUGCAGAGGCCAGGGAGCUGCGGGACUCCCUCUCGGCCUCCAGGGAGGAGGCAGUGCGCUUCCAGAGCGACCUGGAGCAAACCGCCGCACAGGUUGCGCGGCUCACAGCAGAGCGCAAGGACUUGGAAGCUCAGCUGGCCACGGCGGAGAAUCAACUUGGCGACCUCGGGUCACGCAUUGCGCGAUUGGACGAAGAGGCCAAGUCCCUCAGAGAAGAGCUUGCCUCCAGCCGUGCUACGGAGGCAGAACUGGGGUCCGCACUCGAAAGCCUUAAUCAGGUCAAGCAGGAACUCUCUGACAAGCUGAUGGCCUUCGACCUCGAGGCAACUAGCCUAAGGAACGAGAAUAACACCCUCUCCGAUGCGAAGGCGGCGCUUCAAGAUGAGGUCCAAGAGCGGGAGGAGACACUCAGGCUGGAAGAAAAGAAGCGGUCGGAACUCGAAGCCCGGUUCCGCGAGCUCAGGACGCAGCUCGAAGAGGAUGCAAUAGCUGCCGCCAAGGAGCUGGUGCGGGUGAAAGGGGAGGCCCAGGAGCAGCUGGCGGCCCAACAGGCCCAGAUGGACACCCGGCUGGGCGAGCUUGCCGCCGAGAGGGCGUCCACCCAGGAGGAGCUGAGGGCCACCCGGGAACAGCUACAGGCGCAGCUGAGCACCUCCCAAGACAAGGCCGCCCAGUUCAAGCUCGCGUUGGACGAGGAGCGUCGAAAGUGCAAGCAGCAGGGCGUGGAAUGGGAGAGCGAGAAGGCGCGCUACGAGGCGCGGCUCACCGCACUCUCCGACAACCUGGACACCUUCCGGGGAGACCUGGCCAGCGAGCGCACCAAGCGCGAGGCGGCCGAGGCCAAGCUCGACGGAAUCUCCGGGGACAAACUCGAAUUGGAGGCGAAGCUGGAGAACACGCUGGACGAGAGGCGGGCACUGUUGGACAGGUGCCUGAGGAGUGAGGCUGAGGUGGACACCUUGCGUGCAACCACGGCCGAUCUCCGCAAGAAGCUGGACGACUCUGUGGCCGCCCUCCACGAACUCGGCCGAGAAAACCAGGCCCUGCAGAUGGACAAUGCCAAGUACCAGGGACGCAAGUGGGCAGACGACUCUCAGGUGGCCCACUGCACCGGCUGCCAGAAGCAGUUCACAGUCACCAUCAGAAAGCACCACUGUCGAAACUGUGGCAACAUCUUCUGCAACGAGUGUUCUGCAAGAUCUGCCACCAUUCCGUCUUCAAAGAAGCCAGUCAGAGUGUGCGACGGCUGUUUCGCCGAAGUGACCCAAUGAACUCUGUGCCGCGGGUUUUAUUUUUUAACUUGGCCUUCAUCGUGGAUGUGCACAAAAUGGUUCUUUGGUCGUGCUGCUAACGUCAUUCUUGUUUUACGGUUACAAACAGUUUACUAGCAAUGCGGUGAUCAUGCGGGUGCGUAGAACUGUGCCAUUAAACUAACCGUGGGAGUGAGCACAGCUGUCGGCACGCCGAGCUCGUGGAUUUGGUGAAUGUAUGAGACAACGACGGCCUAAUGUUGCGCUAUGCCUCUCUAAUGAUUCAGGUAAACAUACUAUAUGCUCUUCCUGCCUUGGUGCAAUUAGUACUAUAUGUAAGAUACAUGUAGGUAUAAGACUUGAUGAAUUUUCUUAAGAUAUUUUCUUGCUUUUUUUCACAAGAGUGACUAAUAUAUAUAUAUAUAUAUAUUGAAUGUCCCAUAAAUAAUAAACUUUAAAAGAUA